GAAGCCGGAGCCGCAGGAGAUCCGCCGGGCGCAGGGAGGGGACAGGGAUGGGUUGUUUUCUCUCCCCCGCCCGCCCCGAGACCUGAGGAGAUGCAGCCCAAGUUCGCCGCGAUGACUGUGCUGCUGGCACCGGGGAUUCUCCGCGGCGUCGCAGCCUCCGGACCGCCCGAAUCCUGCUCCCUCUGAAUCGCCGGGUUAAAGCUCAGUUCUCAUGUUGUGGUUGCUGGGCUGCCGCGCUCCCGUUUUGCGAUGGGAGGUGGAGGAAAAGGGAUUGUCCGUGAGUCAACACCGAAAACGUGAUUAGGAGGAACUGCUUUCACUAAUCUGUUUCUAACCUUUCAGUCCAUGUUGGCCUGUGACCCCUCUCAGCUUUCACAUCCAGCCUGAUCAGACCACAACACUGGUCUCCCUAUGGAAGCAACUGUUUGUAUUUGGCUUUGAGGUCCCAUGGAGAAGCUGAGGAAGGGGAUGGCUCUUCAUAUCCAUGAAGCCUGGAUACUUCUGUUUGUGCUCCCUGGUUUGGUCACUCCAGCUGCCAUCAAUCACGAAGAUUACCCUGCUGAUGAAGGGGACCAGGCCUCCAGUAAUGACAAUCUGAUCUUUGAUGAUUACCGGGGGAAGGGCUGUGUGGAUGACAGUGGCUUUGUGUACAAACUGGGAGAACGUUUUUUCCCAGGACACUCCAACUGUCCCUGUGUCUGUACUGAGGAUGGACCUGUUUGCGAUCAACCAGAAUGCCCUAAAAUCCACCCAAAGUGCACAAAAGUGGAACACAAUGGAUGCUGCCCAGAAUGCAAAGAAGUGAAAAACUUUUGUGAAUAUCAUGGGAAAAAUUACAAAAUCUUGGAGGAAUUUAAGCCCUCGCCAUGCGAAUGGUGUCGCUGCGAGCCCAGCAAUGAAGUUCACUGUGUUGUAGCAGACUGCGCAGUCCCCGAGUGUGUCAACCCGGUCUAUGAACCAGAGCAGUGUUGUCCUGUCUGCAAAAAUGGUCCCAACUGCUUCGCGGGCACCACGAUAAUCCCCGCGGGCAUCGAGGUGAAGGUGGACGACUGCAACAUCUGCCACUGCCACAACGGGGACUGGUGGAAGCCGGCACAGUGCUCCAAGCGGGAGUGCCAGGGCAAGCAGGCUCUGUAGCAGCUCCCCCGGCCAGCAGCUCCUGGUGAGGGUGAGGAUGGUGAUGAUGAUGGUGACGAAGGAACGGCUCCGGUGCUGCCCGUGCGUCCAACCUCCCGCCAGCUGCAGCGGGGUCACCAGCAGGGAGGGUGCCACGGGACAGAGAUCAGUUCCUGCAGGGAGGUGCCCCCUGCAGCUCCUGUCCCACUGCACGCACUGUGUGCCUGCCCUGCUCUGGGAGUCACCAGUGCUCGGGCUGGGGGCACAGGAGGAGAGCAGCCCACGCACCUUCCCAGCCUGGCCAUAUCUCCGAUCGAUUCACUGCUCUCGCUCUCUGCAGUGUGGGUCAGGGGGUUUUUCACUUUUAUUUAUUUGAAGGUUUUUUUUGCUAUUGUGAUGAUUUUUUUUUUUUUUUUUAAAGUCUCUUCCUAAGCUGGGAUCAUCGGGACAAUACAGCUAUGAGUGGAGCAAUAGAUGGAGAAUUUUUAUUGUGUCUGUAAGCGCAGGUGGCACUAAGGACAGGAGGGAGGUAGAAAUUCAAAGGGAUGGGGGAGCUAAAAAAAAACCCAACUGGAAUGUAACCUGCAGCAGGACUGAGGUAGAUGCACAGGUAUAGACCGGACAGCCAAGACACAAAGCUGUAUCUGUGUUGCACUUUCUCCACUGAGUGGGGACAAUAAAGUCGAAGACACCUACACAGUCAGUGUGACCUUGAUGGGAGCAGAGCCCCCAGCAGCUGCACGGGGCAGCCAAACAGGUGCUCCAUGAAAGCAGCAUCUUACCUGGCUUGUUUGUGUGUGGCUCCUGGCUGGGGCAGCAGUGGUGAGCAGAGGGAAGAGGGCCCCACGUGUUCCUGGUUCCUGGGCUGAGCCUGUGCCCUCCUGCCUUGUCCCACCCCCAUCCCUCGCUGGAGCCAGGGGCAGCGUUUCAUUGCAUUCAAACAUGGGAUCAGCCCCCUCUGGAGGUUUCCAGCAAUGUCCCACGGCUGUGACAGCCCUAAACUGGCUCAGCUGGCAGGUAAGACCCUUUGCUAUGGUGGGAGGGAGCUGCCCUGGCUCUCCCUGGGAGUAUCUGGGCUCCUGUGGGGGCUCUCUCUUUAAGCAGCUGCUUUCUGUGCCUGCCUGCCAGGAGCAGAGGUCCCCAUUUCCAGCACUGGUACCUCCUGCUUUCUCAGGCUGCAGCUUCCAGGUGACACUGUCAAAGAAAAGCCACCAAUGUCAUCUCCCUGCCCUGCCAGCCCAGGGGCCCUUCCCAUCACUGUCCACACUUGGUUCCCUGCUCUUUGGUCAGUGCCAUGGGGGUGGUGGUGCUUCUUUUGUUCAGAGCUCAGACUCCAGCCCAGCUCCUGCUCUCGACAGCGGCGGCAGCAAAUCCUCCCCACAGCAUCCUCACCGAGGCAGAUCAGCACAUCAGGCUGGGUUUACACACUCUGUUGCCAUGAUGCUUUCAUUUCUUCCCCAUUUUGGUGUUUUCCUGGAGGCAGGGGUGGGAGGAGCACUUAGCACAGCAUCCUGUGGCUGAGCACUGGCUCCCUGCAGGCUGAGCUGGUACCGUUUGAGAUGUCAUCACCACAUUUCUUUGUAAGCUGUUGCCUGUCAAUGACUAUCCAGUUUCAAAACUUUCAAACAAUAGUGUGCCUGAAACUAGUGAGAAA